AUGGAGAGCCCUCAUGAGCACCAGCAGAAUCUCCUGCUGUCGCGCAUCAUCACAAAUGUUGAGAAACUGAACGAGUCCAUUGUGGUGAUGAACAAGAGCCUUCAGGACAUCAAUGUGCAGAACAUGAACAUCGAGCUCGUCGCGCAGAUGUUCAAGAACUACCAGUCCAACGUGCUCUUCCACCUCGAAGCCACGGAUGGGUUAAAGGAUCCUUCGUAG